UUUCUUCUUCUUUCUCUAUUUUCUAUUUAUCGGUUUAAUCCGUUUUACCUAAUGGGUGUUUUGUACCUUUUUUUUUUUUGUUAAUUGAUUCGUAAUUUCUAUUCAUUUGUCCUUCGGGUAUGCGAGAUUCGACUUGACCCGAAAAGAUUCAUCGGAAACUGAACACUGAAAUCAGCGGAGAUUUAGUAGUUAUAGUGUUGUUGACAUCCAUUUUUGGAUGGUGAUAAAUUGGUGUGUUACGUUGUGUUGAAAUGAGGCAUGUUAUCAAGAUUGAUAAAUUUUCUAAAAGCCUGCUGGCGACCUUCAGAUGGUUUGGAUACAGCUGGCAGGCAGGAGGGUCUUCUUUGGUUUAAAGACACCGGUCACCAUUUGAAUGGCGAUUACUCCAUGGCUGUUGUUCAAGCUAACAUGUUGCUUGAAGAUCAAAGUCAAAUUGAGUCAGGUCCUUUGAGCUUUCAUGAUUCUGGUCCAUAUGGAACCUUUGUUGGUGUUUAUGAUGGUCAUGGUGGGCCCGAAACAUCGCGAUAUGUCAAUGAUAAUCUUUUCCAUAAUCUUAAAAGGAUUACAUCAGAACACAAUUCUAUCUCAGUGGAUGUAAUACGAAAAGCAUUUCAGUCAACCGAAGAGGGGUUUUUAUCGAUUGUUGCUAAACAAUGGGCAGUGAAACCACAAUUAGCUUCUGUUGGAACUUGUUGCUUAAUUGGUGUGAUUUGUAAUGGAACCCUUUUCAUUGCAAAUGUUGGUGAUUCACGUGCUGUUUUAGGAAGAACAGUGAAAGCAACAGGGGAGGUUAUUGCUAUUCAAUUAUCAGUGGAACAUAAUGCAAGCAUAGAGUCCAUUAGACAAGAGCUUCACACUUUGCAUCCUGAUGACCCUCAGAUUGUUGUUUUAAAGCAUAAUGUUUGGCGUGUGAAAGGCCUCAUACAGAUAUCUAGAUCAAUAGGUGAUGUAUACCUCAAGAAAGCGGAAUUUAAUAGGGAGCCCUUGUACGCCAAAUUUCGUCUCCGUGAUCCUAUCAAAAAGCCGAUAUUGAGUUCCGAUCCAUCAAUAUCCGUGCACGAAAUCCAACCGUUCGAUCAAUUUCUCAUAUUUGCAUCCGACGGUCUCUGGGAGCAACUUACCAAUCAAGAAGCAGUUGAUAUCGUCCAAAAACACCCUCAUAACGGAAGUGCUAAGAGGUUGUUGAAAGCCGCUUUACAUGAAGCGGCAAAGAAGCGGGAAAUGAGGUAUUCAGAUUUGAAGAAAAUCGAUAGGGGCGUAAGGCGUCAUUUCCACGAUGACAUCACUGUCGUUGUGUUGUUUCUAGAUUCCAGUCUUGUUAGUAAAGCGAGCUCAAAGGGCGGGCCCACGGUGUCCCUGAGGGGUGGUGGGAUCAAUCUGUCGGCAAAAUCUCUCACACCGCUAUCAACCACCUCGUAACUUGUUACUGCCACCAUCAGCCACCAUCUAUUGUUGUUAUCUGGUGAAUCUAUUUAAGGUUAACCCCCACCCGAAGUACCUUAAAGUUGUAGGUUUGAAUCUGAAGAAACAAAGGGUGAAAGAUUUUGGACAUGAAAAGCUUAUUUUGAAGCUAAUCCUUUUUAUUUUAUUAACAUUUGUU